AUGGACGAUAUCGCGCAAACCAAGCCUGGUACUGAGGCUGUUGAAGUUGUCAAGCCUGGACCUUUGCAACAGCUGCCGCUACCAGCAGAAUUGGCUUCCAGGGGAGAUGAGGAGAUUGAAAUGCUUGAAAAGGGAUUAGUUCGCAGACUGGAUAGCUGCUUGCUUCCCUCCGUGGUGAUUCUAUUCUUGAUGAACAUUCUCGAUCGAAACAACAUCGCCAAUGCGAAAAUUGCUGGACUCACUGACACACUCGGAAUCACGAAUACCGAGUACAACACUUGCCUGAUGAUAUUCUAUGUCGGAUACAUCUUGACCCAGGUCCCAUCCAAUCUUGUCAUCACGAAGGUCAAACCAUCGAUCUAUAUCGGAAUAGUCACCGCAGGAUGGGGAAUUGUAAGCAUGUGCCAGGCCUUUACGCGCACUUUUGCUGGGCUGUUCAUGUCGCGCUUCGUCCUUGGAAUGAUAGAAGGGCCUUUUCUGCCAGGCGUGUUCUUCCUUAUGUCUUGCUGGUAUAAGCGGGCCGAGCUGCCUCCGCGAAUUGCCCUUCUUUACGGAGCCAAUAUGCUGGCUAGUGCUUUUGGUGGACUGAUUGCUGCGGGUAUUGUAGCCCGUAUGGAAGGCAAGAUGGGGAGGCCUGCGUGGGAAUGGCUUUUCAUCAUCGAAGGAUCUAUGACGAUUGCAAUUGCAUUCAUUGUUAUUGCAUUCAUUCCAGACUAUCCAGGAACCACCAAGCGGUGGUGGAUGAGUCGUGAACACCAAUUGCUGGCCGACUGGCGCCUGCGCAAUGAAAAUGCUGGACUCGUUGAUGACGAUCCUGAGUCUCUCCUCUGGGGUGUCAAGCAGGCUCUCAUCGAUCCGAAGCUAUACAUGUUCAUCGUCCUGCAGAUGUCCCUUCUCACAGCCCAGUCCUUCAACAACUUCUUCCCUUCUAUCGUCGGUACACUGGGUUACAAUGAUACCAUCACACUGCUUCUCACAGCACCUCCAUAUGGCUUCGCCUUUUUCUGCUCACUGGCAAUCUCUUUCCACGCGGCCCACAAACAGGAGCGAGGCUUCCACAUCGCAAUCCCAUUGCUCUUCGCACUUCUCGGAAACUUGCUGGCAAUGUUUGUCCCAUCAACAGGUGGCCGCUACUUCAGCAUGUUCCUUAUGACAGCGGGUUCCUACUCACCCUACAAUCUUUGCGUCUCCUGGCUAAGCUCAACGCUCCCACGUCCCAAGGCAAAGCGCGCGAGUGCGCUGGCAAUUAUGAAUCUGAUGGGCGCUGGAGUUGCACACUUCUACACUUCUUACAUGUUUCCCGAUUCUCAGCAGCCGAGGUACUAUGCUGGUGGAGGCGUGAUGAGUGGUGCAUGUCUGGUGUGUGCACUUAUGGCGUUCGGUAUUAAGCGGCGCUUGAAACGACAGAAUGCCGAGAUUGAGAAGGCUGAGUUGGAGGAAGGCGUGCUUGCUGGUAGCUCUGCUAUUGCUGGGAAAACAAGAGUUGAUGGUAUGGUUUCGUUCCGAUACGUGCAUUGA